CGAGAGGUAGCCAAGUCAUACUUUUGCCGGUGUUGCAGACCCUCCGUGGUGGGGGAGAAUGAACCCGUCUCCGUUUCGUUGAGUCAAUAUAAAGCCAUUCAACGGAGCAGGCUAGCCAUUUGACGAAGCAUUCGCCAUCGUUCAUGAUGGGACUCCGCAAGCAGAUGUUGGUGGUUCUUGUGGGCUUGAUGUCACUGGCCAACGCUAAUUACCAUUACGAGCGUUACAACGUGUUUAAUUUCGACGGUGCUGAAGAACCAAACCGGAAGCCAUGGUUCUUCGAGGACUACUCAAGCCCCUAUAAGCGGCAUGAGAUUGGAGGUGGCGGGUUCCACGAACCGGCGAAGAAAUCCUCGAAGGAAGCGUACACUGACCCGGUAGAAGCGUAUUUCACCGCAAGCACGAACGACGCGCCGGACAAGAAGAACCUGGACUUCAAAAAGGCCGUUUCCGCCUUCUACACGUUGACGGAUUCCGAUCCCGAGACGUACAAGUCGAUAAUCAUGAAAUCCGGAGCGCCGUACUGCCAGGAGACAAAGAACAAGGUGCCGAAGAAGCGGUACCGCAGGGACGCGAUGACUUGCUACAAGUGUAAGGACCCGAAGAACGGAGCGACCUACGAACAGUGCUCGUACACAUCUCAACCUCAGGCCAGCGUCACCGUGAAUCGUUACCAGUCGCCUCCCAGUCAACCGAGGUACCGCCGAUCUAACGCCAGGAAGGAGAAGACGGCGACAAAGUCCGGGGAUAGGUUCGCCAAGGAGUACUUGGUCCCAGCGUCGUCCGACGAGGUUCCCACCGAGUACAAGAAGAAGAGCGAGCACUGCAGCAAGGUCGUCAAGGACUCGAUGGUCUGCAUGGUCUGCAAGGACCCCGAGACCAACGGCAAGUACGAGCAAUGCUCGUACACCAACCAGCCCGACGACAAGGCCUACGCCUACAGCAAGUCCAGCUCAUUCGGGCUGCCCCAUGACGAGAAGAAGCAAGCCGAAGAGUCCAGGGUACCGGCCAAGUCGACGAAGAGGAGUCACCAGCCGGAGGUCGAGUCCUACGAUGGCUCGCAUCCCGAAAUGGACAAGUACAUUGAGGAGCAGUCAGCGGCGAUCAGAGAUCGCCUACCAAAACGUAGGAGUGAGGCCCUCGUCUCCGAGGAGAGCGCGAAGCUCGAGUCCGGUUCCGAGGACAUGACCGACGGUAGCUGCAAGAAGAUCGUUAAGGGCUCGAUGGUCUGCACUGUCUGCAAGGACCCCAAGACCGGCGGCAGCUACGAGCAGUGCGCCUACGCCAGUCAUCCUAGCGACAAGGUCUACCAGUUCAGCAGACAGAAGUCCUUCGGGUACCCGGAAAGCCAGGAGCGAAAAUCCUCCCCGCAGAAGGCCUCCGAUUCCGAGGGGCCCGCUUCCUACUCCAGCGAUGCCGCUGGCUAUUCGGACGGCGAUUACCCGGGGUACCAAGGGCCCACUUCCGACUACUACCAGCCCAGCGCUCAGCAGAAAUCGGAGCGCCGAGAGCACCAGGGUGGCGAGGAGCCGGCUAAAUACUACGAACAGAAACAGGACUACGAUUACGUCCCGGAGUACAAGGUGGCCGGGGAGGGACCGUCGGUCGAGCAUGUCAAGUCCGAGUCCGAGAAAAUAGCAGAGGAGAUAAAGGAGACCGACGAUUGUAGGAAAGUCCAGAAGGACUCGAUGACCUGCACGGUGUGCAAGGAUCCGAAAACCGGUGGCGACUUCGAGCAGUGCUCGUACACUUACCAGCCGAACGACAAGGUCUUCUCGUUCAGCAGCGCCAAGUCAUUUGGAUCGCCGGAUCCCGCGGAGCAGAAAAGCCAGGACUACGGAUCCUCCGGGUCCUCCGGGUCCUCGUUGUACGGCGAUGACCGCGGGAGCUACGGCGACGCCUCGGACAAUAAGCCACACGUGACCAGCGGCGACACGCAGAACAAAGAGAAAGUCAGCGAAUCAAGCGGCGAAGUUGGUGUUCAGGACCCCAGUAACGUCGACGUGCAGUUCUUCAGCACAAAGGACAAGAAGAAGGAGAUAGCCAAGGUGCUGAGCGACUUCCAACAGGAGGAUAGGUCCAAGUGCAAGAAGGUGAUUCGCGACAAGCUGACCUGCUACCAGUGCACCGACGACGAUGGGAUGCAGAAGGAGGAGUGCAUCUUCGUCGCGGAACAGGAACCCGCCAAGGACCGGGUCGCCUAUCACGAAGUCAAGGAGUACCAGCUCGACCCCGCCGCCUCCGUCAACCUGCCCGAAGAGUAUCGCGUCACCAAAUCGAGCAGAAACGGGGCACCGCUUGCCCCGAAGAAGAGGAAGACCAGGAAGACUCGUCCCGUACAGUAUUUAUACCUCGACGAUGCCGAUUCUUCGGCCACCGAAAACGAGGAACAGCAAAGCGAUCCUAGGGGAGAGGUAUUCGAGGAUCCGGUCGAGGUCCGGGAAAACGAGGAGGAGAAGACCGUCCCCUACGACAUUGACGAAGAGACUAAACCCGUUUUUGACAAAGCCCUGGGCAUGACUUUGCCUCGCUACAUGUUGACCACCUCCGAACACGAGGCGGAAUUUGACGAGGUUGUCGCAUCCGGUUAAAAAUUGCGGAUUAUUAUUGCAAUGAACUGUUUGGAUUGUAAAAUGUGAUUCACGGCCGAGUGUAUUUGUACUUUUUCUUUUUUUUUUGUUUUUUAUUUCAUAUCUUGACCAACGUAACACAAUUCUCUCCC